AUGGCGGAUGACAAUACUACUGCAACUUUCUGGACUCAGGCUGAUGCUUUACUCCGAAAGAACUUAACCUAUCAGAUAAUUACUGAGAUUGCCUCUAUAUCAGACAGCAAAGAGACUAGUAGUGAUCGGUGUGGUUACCAAUUCUCAGAUUUGGAUCAAUUGCAGAGUUGUCCCAUUCCUAGCCCACCAAAAUGGCCUCCAUUUUUACAGGUUCCACCUCCCGAAUAUCGUGCUGUUAGAAGCAGUUCUUCUCAUCUUUUUCAAGAUUUGCCGGACCAGUCUUGCAGGCACAAGGGGAACUGUCCUGGUUCAGCUACAGAACCAAGUCAUGAUUUUUAUAUUGAUUCUGCUUUCAUCGAGAAGAAUUCUUCUCUCUAUAACAUUCAAAGUCAGUGCGGAUCGAACUCUACGAUCUCUGUUUCGGUAACAAAUGCCUACCUUCAGUUGUUUAAAGGGCUUGGUGCAGAAGUGAAAUUAGAAUUUAUCAAAGAAAUGCCUAAACCUUCAGAUGCGCCAUUCAAGUUUGAUAUCGCAUCUCAACUGGGCACCCUCUUCUUUACAUGGUUAUAUCCUGGUUUCGCUCUAUAUCGUGGGUUGUAUGAAUUUGGAGAGUAUGCUGCCUCAGGUAGCGUUACGGAUACCGAUGGAAUGAAGUGGGGAAAUUUGUUUGAUAGUGACAAUGGAAUGAGGAAUGUGAUGAUUAUCAUGCUUCUUGAGUGGUUACUGGUCCUCUUCAUAGCAUAUUAUGUGGAUCAAGUUUUUUCAUGUGGAAGUGGCAAACAUCCUAAAUAUUUACUGCAAAAACUUCGGAAGAAGCAUAGUCGAUCAUCAUCUUUUCAGAAGCCCAGUUUGCACGAGCCAGGAUCUAAAGUUUUGGUUGAUAUGGAUAAACCCGACCUCCUUCAGGAGAGGGAGAAGGUUGAGCAGUUACUUUCGGAACCAUCAACUCAUGGAAUCAUCUGUGACAACCUGAGAAAAGUGUAUCCAGGAAGGGAUGGAAACCCAGAAAAAUGGGCAGUGAAAGGAUUAUCUCUUGCUAUACCUCAAGGAGAGUGCUUAGGCUUGCUUGGUCCAAAUGGUGCAGGGAAGACCUCUUUUAUUAGUAUGAUGAUCGGGCUGACGACGCCAACCUCAGGGGCAGCAUAUGUUGAUGGUUUAGACAUACAGACUCAGAUGGAUUCGGUCUAUACCAGAAUUGGGGUGUGCCCACAGCAUGAUCUGCUAUGGGAUGCUCUGACCGGAAGAGAGCACUUAUUAUUUUAUGGCAGACUUAAGAACCUAAAAGGUGUUGCUUUGAAAAGAGCAGUGGAAGAAUCUCUUAAGAGCCUCAAGCUAUUUGAUAGAGGGGUUGCUGACAAAUAUGCUGGGAAAUACAGUGGAGGUAUGAAGAGAAGGCUUAGUGUUGCCAUAUCACUAAUUGGAGAUCCCAAAGUUGUUUAUAUGGAUGAACCCAGUUCUGGAUUAGAUCCAGCUUCUAGAAGCACUUUAUGGAAUGUCGUAAAGCGUGCGAAGCAAGACAAAGCAAUUGUUCUGACCACACAUUCAAUGGAAGAGGCAGAGCACCUGUGUGAUCGAGUGGGAAUUUAUGUUGAUGGAAGCUUGAUGUGCAUAGGAAACCCAAAAGAGCUAAAGGCUAGGUAUGGGGGAACUUACGUUUUCACAAUUACAGCAUCUGUAAAUAACGAGAAUGAGGUGGAGGACAUGGUUCGGGAUCUCUCCCCUAAUGCUGAAAGAACGUACCAUUUGGCUGGAACCCACAAGUUCGAGAUGCCAAAACAUGAAGUUAGCAUUGCAGGUGUAUUCCAUGCAGUUGAGGUCGCAAAAGGCAGGUUCCCUGUUUAUGCUUGGGGUCUGUCUGAUACCACCUUGGAAGACGUCUUCAUCAAGGUCACAAACUCAGCCCAGCAAUCCCACACACCUUAA